UGAGAGUGAGAGACAGAGAGGGAGAGAGAGAUGUCAGGGUGGGACGAGGGAGCGGUGUACUACAGCGACCAGGCGCACUCGUGGCGCGGCGGAAACGGUGGCGAGCAUGCGGACGCCGAGGCGGCGAGCCGUCACUCGGUGCUCCAGAAGUUCAAGGAGUUCAUCCGGGGCUUCGAGACCGACAAGAACGUGUUCCCCUACAGGGAGAGCCUCGUUCACAACCCCAAGUCUCUCCUCGUCGACAUGGAAGACCUUGAUGCCUUCGACCCCGACGUCCCCUCCCUGCUCCGUUCCGCCCCCGCCGACUACUUGCCCCUGUUUGAGACGGCAGCGGCGGAGGUCUUGGUGAGUUUGAGGUCGAGAGUGGCGGGGGAGACUGGAGAGAUGGAGGAUCCGGUGACCGGGGAUGUGCAGGUUCUGCUGACUUCGAAGGAGAAUUCGGUUUCGAUGCGAUUGCUUGGGGCGCAAUAUAUAUCGAAGCUUGUCAAAAUAGCUGGGAUCACCAUAGCUGCUUCUAGGACUAAAGCAAAGGCGACAUAUGUGUCUCUUAUCUGUAAGAACUGUAAAAACACAAAGCAAGUUCCUUGUCGACCAGGCCUCGGUGGUGCGAUUGUCCCUCGCUCCUGUGAUCAUAUUCCUCAGCCGGGAGAGGAGCCGUGCCCACUUGAUCCAUGGAUUGUGGUUCCAGAUAGGAGCAAGUAUGUUGAUCAACAAACCUUGAAAUUACAGGAGAAUCCUGAGGAUGUUCCUACCGGGGAGCUUCCGAGGAACAUGCUUCUGUCUGUAGAUCGCCAUCUUGUUCAAACAAUCGUACCAGGCACAAGAUUGACCAUCAUGGGUAUUUAUAGUAUCUAUCAGGCUGCCAAUUCUUCCACAUCCCACAAAGGAGCAGUCGCGGUUAGACAGCCCUAUAUCAGAGUUGUAGGAAUUGAAGAAGGAAAUGAGGCCAACUCUCGAGGCCCUGCUGCUUUUAUGCCAGAAGAGAUAGAAGGAUUCAAAAAAUUUGCUGCGGAACCUGAUGUAUACAAAAACAUAUGCUCCAAGAUAGCUCCCUCCAUAUUUGGUCAUGAGGACGUGAAAAAGGCUGUGGCUUGUCUGUUGUUUGGAGGAUCAAGGAAGAAUUUGCCGGAUGGUGUGAAAUUGAGGGGUGAUAUCAAUGUGUUGCUUUUGGGGGACCCAUCUACUGCUAAAUCACAGUUUCUGAAGUUUGUUGAAAAGACUGCUCCUAUUGCUGUUUAUACUUCAGGAAAAGGCUCAUCAGCUGCUGGUUUAACAGCUUCUGUGAUUCAAGAUAGUAGCACUCGUGAAUUUUAUCUUGAAGGAGGAGCCAUGGUUUUGGCAGAUGGAGGUGUUGUUUGUAUUGAUGAGUUUGAUAAAAUGAGACCUGAAGAUAGGGUUGCUAUUCAUGAAGCCAUGGAACAGCAAACCAUAUCCAUUGCUAAAGCAGGAAUAACAACAGUUCUUAAUUCUAGAACUUCAGUGCUUGCAGCUGCUAAUCCUCCAUCAGGACGAUAUGAUGAUCUGAAGACUGCACAGGAUAAUAUUGAUUUGCAGACAACAAUUCUCUCUAGAUUUGAUUUAAUCUUCAUUGUGAAAGAUAUCAGGAUGUACAGCCAAGACAAGAUUAUAGCUAGUCAUAUCAUUAAAGUGCAUGCAUCUGCGAAUGCAUCUAUGGGCGAAAGUAGAACUGCUAAAGAAGAUAAUUGGCUGAAGAGGUAUAUACAAUAUUGUCGAACUCAAUGCCACCCACGAUUAUCAGAAUCUGCAUCCACUUUACUGCAGAAUAAUUAUGUCAAAAUCAGACAGGAUAUGAGACAGCAAGCAAAUGAAACUGGCGAGGCUGCUGCAAUACCAAUUACUGUAAGACAGCUCGAAGCUAUUGUAAGGUUGAGCGAGGCUCUUGCAAAAAUGAAACUAUCCCACAUUGCCACUGAGGAGAAUGUGCAGGAAGCAAUUAGACUAUUCACUGUUGCCACGAUGGAUGCAGCACGGUCUGGAAUAAAUCAACAAGUGAAUCUCACUGGGGAGAUGGGAAAUGAGAUAAAGCAAGCAGAGACCCAGAUAAAGAGAAGAAUAGGGAUUGGAAACCACAUAUCAGAAAGAAAACUGAUUGAUGAGCUUUCCAGAAUGGGCAUGAACGACUCUAUUGUGAGAAGAGCUCUUAUAAUUAUGCACCAGAGAGAUGAAGUUGAAUAUAAGCGAGAAAGGCGUCUAAUUUACCGGAAGGCCUAAUCCAUUAUUCCUAACCCUUUAUCAGCAAAUUGUUAGUAUGUAUACAUUGAUUAUGACUUUUAUGUAUGCAUCUGUAUUUUUAUAUGAAAGUUGGGUUUCAGAUGCCAAGCUCUAAGUAACCCUAGCAAUAUCAAAUUGUUUGAUUUGAACGUGGUA